GGUGACGGGGUGUGGGAGAGGGUCCCAGACGGAGGGCCCGGCGGGGGAAACGCGUGGAGAGCGGCUGAGCCGGGAGGAAUCGGGAAACUCGGGCUCUGUGUUUAUGGCUCUGUUUUGUCUACAGGCAACCGAGAAUAUGAGGCGAAGUUGUGCCUGAGGAGUUUUACCUUCAUUCUCAGGGCGUUGGGAGCCACGGAGGGUUGUGAACAAAAGAGGGCCACUGCCUGAGAAGGGGUUCUCAUGGUUUUCCAGAAGCUGCUCAGGGGAAGCGCGGACCGGAGAAGAGAUGCUAAUAGCUAGGCACAGGAAGGUUGAGUUCUGUAGAGAAUUGCGUAACUAGAAGAGUGCACCGAGGACUGAGGCCAGAGGGAAUGCAGGCGUCUCGAGGUCACCCGGGUCCUGGGCUGGGCAGCGGUACUUAGCGGCCUGAGCCCAUGGGAUCCUGGCCAUGUUUACCAGAGUCUCAGAUGACCUCCCUCUUUCCCCAGAUUCCCCAGAACUGCAGAACGGCUUAGGGAUACUGGUGUGUGGCCUUUAUUUCAGGGCCUCACUAGUCCUCACCCAUGCUACCCUAUGAUCUCUGGGAUGACGGUGUCCUGAGACUGUUCUGUCACUCUUCCAUCCUUUGGGUCUGGGGCACCUUGAACAGGCACCAAGCCCAGGGUCUUAAGUCCAAGCCUAGGGUUCUUUGGAUUGGUUCCUAUUUUUGGCAGCCAGUGGAAAGAGGUGUGGAAGGUCUUAGACAUAGGUACUAGAAGGUGCAAAGACCUGGAGGAGUGGCUGAACUGGUUCAGGGAGCUGCAGGUGUCCUUUCUUUCUCAUGGGAACUGGGACCAGAAGGGCAGGAGUCAGAUCUGGAACAGUGUUAUGAGAGGUUGAGUGUCUCUUCUGGAGGUGAUGGGAGCAAUGGGAGAUAUGGAGCAGUGAAGACAGGUGAUCUGACCCUGGUUUCAUCAGGCGCCUUGGACUGCAACAUGAGGAACAGUAUGGGUUUGAAGUGGGUGGAAGAUCAGUGGGUAGCAAGAUCAGAGAGGACGCUACCUCAAUAAUCUGGGGAAUGAACUUUGAGGACGUGGCCAUUCACUUCUCCCGGGAAGAGUGGAGGCUCCUUGAUGAGGCUCAGAGACUCCUGUUCUGCGAUGUGAUGCUGGAGAACUUUGCUCUUGUAGCAUUCCUGGGCUGUUGGCAUGGAACAGAAGAUGAGGAGGCCCCUUCUGAGUGGAGUGUACCUGUAGAAGGAGAGUCACUGGUCAGGGUUUCUAAGGCAGGCCCAUCUGCCCAGAAGAACCACUCCUGUGAGAUCUGUAUCCUAGUCUUGAAAGAUAUUUUGCGCCAAGCUGAGCACCAAACAGUAUACUCUUUGCGGAAACCAUACUUGGAUCACACAUGUUUGAGAUGUUUGUGGUUCCAUGCAAAACUUCACCAGCAACAGAGGCAGUGCAGUGGAGAAAAGCCCUGGAAAAGAGAUGUGCAUAGGGCCUCAUUUGUGACGAGCUGCAGCUUCUGUAUGUCAGGGGAGCCUUUCACUUGUAGGGAGGUUGGAGUGGACUUCCUGGCCACAUCUGGCCUUCUCCCACACCAAGCCACUCCCAACAGUGAGGAGCCACACAGUGGCAGUGAGAGUGGGCAGGCCUUUCCCCGUGGAAAAAGUCAUUACAAGUGGGGUGAACGUGAAGACUCUCAGAGCCAGAACCACACACUUGUUCAACAUCGGAGUGUCUGCUUUGGAGAAGAGCUUUAUGAGUGUGGCAACUGUGGGAAAGCCUUCAGCUGCAACUACAGAUUUGUUCAGCACCAGGAAGUUCACACUGGACAAAGUCCAUGUGACUAUGGUGCAUGUGGAAAAUUCUUGAGCAAAACCUCUGACUGUAUUAAACAUCGGAGAAUUUGCAUUGGGGAGAGGACUUAUAAAUGCAGUGAAUGUGGAAAAGUCUUUAUCCACAAAUCCAAACUCAUUCACCACAAGAAACAGCACAGUGAAGGAAAGCAUUAUGAAUGUGGCGAAUGUGGGAAAUCCUUUAGAUAUGAAUCUCACCUCAUUGAACACGGGAGAGUUCACACUAGAGAAACACCUUAUGAGUGCAGUCAGUGUGGCAAAUCCUUUAGGCACAAAUCCAGCCUCAUUGAACACUGGAGAGUUCACACUGGAGAAAGACCUUAUGAUUGCACUGAAUGUGGGAAAUCCUUUAUCUACAGAUCCCACCUCAUUGACCACCGGAGAAUUCACACUGGAGAAAGACCUUAUGAGUGCAGUGAAUGUGGAAAGUCCUUUAGAGACCGCUCUAGCCUUUUCCGACACCGGAGUGUGCACACUGGAAAAAGGCCUUAUGACUGCACUGAAUGUGGGAAAUCCUUUACCCGUAAAUUGUACCUCAUUCAACACCAGAGAAUGCAUACUGGUACAAGUCCUUAUGAGUGUAGUGAAUGUAGGAAAUCUUUUACCUCCAAAUUCUCCCUCAUUGAACAUGAGAGAAUUCACACUGGAGAAAGACCUUAUGAAUGCAGUGAAUGUGGGGAGUCCUUUAGACAAAACUCGAGCCUUUUCCAACACCAGAGCAUCCACAAUGGAGAAAGACCCUAUGACUGCACUGAAUGUCGGAAAUCCUUUACCCGCAAAUUGUACCUCAUUCGACACCUGAGAAUGCAUACAGGUACAAGUCCUUAUGAGUGCAGUGAAUGCGGGAAAUCUUUUAGCUCCAAAUACUCCCUCAUUGAACACCAGAGAGUUCACACUGGAGAAAGACCUUAUGAAUGCAGUGUAUGUGGGAAGUCCUUUAGUCGACGCUUCACCCUUAUUCAACACCAGAGUGUUCAUUCUGGAGAAAAGCCUUAUGAGUGUGGGGAAUGUGGGAAAUCCUUUAAACAAAGUUCUGUCCUUUUGCAACACCAGAGAAUUCACACUGGAAAAAGACCUUAUGAGUGCACUGAAUGCGGAAAAUCCUUUAUCCGCAAAUGUGAUCUCAUUCAACACCAUAGAAUUCAUACUGGUUCAAGACCUUAUAAAUGCAGUGAGUGUGGGAAAUCCUUUAGACAAUACUCUGGUCUUUUUCAACACCGGAAAGUUCACUCUGGAGAAAAGCCUUUAUGAGUGCAGUGAAUGUGGGAAAUCUUUUAGAUGACGCCUUUUUCAACACCAGAGAAUUCAUUCUGGAGAAAAGCCUUAUGAGUGUAGGGAAUGUGUGAAGUCCUUUAGACAAAGCUCUACCCUUUUCCAACACCAGAGUGUACACACUGGAGAAAGUUUAUCUGAGUGUACUGAAUGUGGGAAAUCCUUUACCCACAAAUCUGACUUCAUUCAUCACCAGAGAAUUCACACUGGCACAAGUUCUUAUGAACGCUGGAGAAAACCCUUAGGAAUGUGGGGUUUGUGGGAAAUCGGGCAGUCAAAGCUUGAACUUCAGUCGACAUCAGAGAGGUCACUGUGGUGAAAGGCCUUGUGAGUGCGGUGAAUGUGGGAAGCCCUUUACUUAAAAAUCUCACCUCAUUGAACACCAGAGUUUCCGCUGAAAGACCUAAUGAGUGUAGUGAAUAUGGCAAGUCUUUUAGCCAAAAAUCUAACUUCCUUAGACACCGGAGAGUUCAUGAUGGGGAGAGGCCUCGUGGGUGCAGUUCAUGUGGGAAAUCCUUUACCUGCAAGUAUGAUCUCUUUAGACAGUGGUGAGUUGAUAGUGACACCAGACCUUACAAGUGUGGGGAAUGUGGGAAGUCUUUUGCCAAAGUGCUAGCCUCAUUUCACACCAGAGAGGUUACACUGUUAAAGGCCUUAUGAGUGCAGUGAAUGUGGGAAACCUUUUACCCAGAAAUCCUGUCUCUUUAGUCACCAGGGAGUUCACACUUAAGAAAAGCUUUAAAUGUUCCAAGAAUGUUUUCUUUCUUCAAUCAGUGUGGUAACACUGGAGGAGACUGUGUGAGAGACGUUUAUCUGAAUGUAAAACUCUUUUAUCUGAACAUAGACUAUACAGGAUUGCUCAUAAGUUUCAGGUAUGCGGGAGGUUUUAAGGAGCUGCAAUGCACUAUCUAACCUGCCCAGGGCUAUUGCCAGAUUUACGUCACUGCGGCUUUUGUGGGUAAAGCCAUUUCAUCUCCACUACCUGGCACAUCUGCACAGUGUACAUCAGUCAUUACCCCAGUGUGCUCAAAGAAGCUGACUUUUGUGUUGUCCCAUUUCUUUGAGGAAAUUAUGAAUUGCUCGAGCCCUUCAUGGAAUCAUCUUUCCUUUCGCUCUGGCUUUAGGGAAUGGACGUGACCCAGUUUCGGUCCAGAGGACCCAUCCUCAGCUUGCUUAAGAAGGCCUGCCUUUUUGGGGGGCGUUGUUCUCACAUCAUGCUUGUGAUGUACUCCUCCAGAUUUUAAUUCUCCAACGUGGAAACUGCUUGCUGCAUAUUGGUUUAUGUUUUUUUUCCGUAAAAGUCUUUUUGUUUUUGGAUCUUUAACUUUAUGGUUCUUUUCAUAGUGUAGGGUGAGUUGAAAACAGAAUUGUGAUGUGUUGGCCUGUAAGGGUGAUGAGAUUUUGUAGGGAUCCCAAAUUUUCUGUGCUUCAGAAAGGACAGUAUGAUGGCAGAAAUAGCUCUUUGUCCAAUAUUGUUCUAAUUUGCAUUGGUGCCCAAGGCCUCGAAAGAAAGACUGGAGGGCUUUGUGGUCCUAAUUGUGGCCUAGUGCCACAAUUUUUUGGGAGGCCAGAGGUCACUCUGAAGGGGAGAUCUUUGCUAUGACAACCCCUUGUGCUUCUGUGAACAACAGGAAUUUUAUUCCUUUGUUCACAGUGUUUAUCACAUAGUUCCCAGCACAUUGAAGGGAUCUCUUUCCCAGGUCCUGCAAAGGAGCCCUAUGCUAUGAUGUACAAAAUUUCACAGCCUGAUAUCAUUUGUUGUAAGACUGUAACGGUGAGAUGAAAGUGUAAUUGCGACAGAAAUGCUAGAUUAAUAGGGAGUGGAGAAGAUUGCAGUAAAUUGGAAGGAAUGUGCCUUUUCUAAAAGUUCAUAAAUAUUCCUGUACUAUGGCUUGUGUGAUCAAUGUAUACAGAAGUUUUCAGGACCUUCCUAAUUGUAUUUCCUGUAGCUGAGUUCAUUGGCAGAGAAUAUCAUCUAAAGUUUGGUGGAUUCCCACAGCCUCUUUGGUCUGUUCACCCCUGGGCCAUUGCUCUAUAGGCAGCAAAAUAAGGAUAGAGAGAAAGGGGAUCCAGUUGUCUAAGGAUGUGUCUUUUGUGACCCAGCCAGCAUUUCUGUUUAUUCAGGUGGCAGCAGUCUUCAUUGCUUGCCGAUGUUUGCUGCAACUGAGGCAAGGCUGCCCCUCCCAGGGUGUGAGGAGGAAGAUAGCGGGGUCCAUGUAGGGUUGCCAACCUUAUGUUCUAGGAAAAGAGAGACACCUAGGCUUUCAUUUGGAACCACUUUUUAAAACUUGGUUAAGGUAUAAUUUGUAUAAUUGACAAGCAACUAAGUGCACUUAUGUGUACUUUUGCUAAACUUUGACAUACAUGUACAGCUGCAAAACCAUCGGCAUACUCCUGAAAAUGAACUUAUCUGUCACCCACAUAUUUAUCUCAUGCUUUUAUAAUCUCUCUCUCUGUUCCCCAGCCCUCCAGGUGAUCAUUGAUUUACUUUUCUUUAUAGUAGAUUAGUUCGUUCAUCUGUGAUUUAAAAUAGGCAUCAUAGAGUAUAUACUCUUUUUACUUACUGGUUUCUUUGUGCCCCAUAAUUAUUUUGAGACUCAACAGUGAUGCUUAUGUGAGUAGCAUUUUUAUUGCUGAAUAGAAUUCUGUUCUAUGGAUAAUGACUUUGUUUAUCCAUUCAUCUGUUUUGGUAAUUUGGGUUAUUUCUAGGUUUGUGUUAUUUUACAAAUAAAGCUACUAUGAAUA